AUGAUGCUGGUCACUCCCAUCAUGACUCCUGUUACUCCGCUACAACCAGCUGCCGUAGCCUAUCCAGGCUAUACUUCUGACAGCAGCGUUCACUCAACACUCACUCGUGAUAAAGAAACAGUGAAGAAACCGAGCCGCAACAUCAAAAUAAAUUACAACAAAACAGACCCUCAUAUCAAUACCCCAGAAAUGUGUUAUCCCGACGAAGUACAUCGCGCUUCCUAUAAAGAUCCUGCUGCGGCUGUAAGGUCACCACCUAGCGAGCCUAGUUAA